AUGAAUGUAGAUGUUGUGAUUGUGGGCGGAGGUAUAGGGCACCUGACUGCUGCGUAUCAGCUCCAUAAAAAGGACUCAUCUUUACAGAUCGUUGUAUUAGAGGCCAAAAACAGAGUUGGUGGACGAACAUUAACAUUACCAUUAAAAGCUGCAGAUGGAACAGAUAACUUUGACCUUGGAGGACAGUGGGUUGGAAGGUGCCAGCCCCACAUCAUGGCCCUGUUGGAGGAGCUGGGACUCUCCACACAUGUACAGUAUCUGGAGGGCAAGAAGUUUAUGCAGCUGGGAAGUGACAGAAUUAGCAGCUAUAGCUCAGAUAUCCCCUCGCUGUCCCCACUAGCACUGAUUGAUCUACAGAAGUUAAUGUUCAAGCUGGAGUGGAUGAGAAAGCAAGUUGAUAUCCGGGAUCCAUACCAGAGUCCGUAUGGAGCUGAGUGGGAUGCCAUGACCUUGGACACAUUUGUCAAUAACCAACUUUGGACUGAAGGUGCCAGAGAUGCUAUAGAGACUGCCUGUCGUUGUGUACUCGGUGUGGAGUUAUCACAGAUUUCUGUACUGUACUUUAUAAGUUACAUGAGUGCUGCUGGCGGUCUUAAGAAUCUGAUAGAGGCUACUGAAUACACAGCUCAGGAAUACAAAAUUGUGGGAGGAGCCCAGCAGAUCAGUCAGAAGUUAGCAGCUUCCCUCCCUCCAUCUUGUGUUCAGAUGCAGCAACCUGUCAGCAAAAUCACACAGAGGGACAAUGGUGUGACUGUGACAACAGAGAAGGGGGAUAUCUACAGUUGUGACAGAAUAGUCCUGGCUAUCCCACCCAACAUGACAAACAAAAUACAGUUUGAUCCCAUCUUACCUUCCAGCAGACGAGAACUGACAAAGAGAAUGCCUGCUGCAGAUCUGACAAAAAUCAUCGUCACUUACAAAGAAGCAUUCUGGAGAAAAGCUGGUUUAUCAGGAGAAUUUGUAACCAAUGGUGGACCUAGUUUGUCAACUGAGUGUGAUAGGGGGCCACUCUGUAUUGUGUAUGAUGCCACGUCAGUCAGAGGAAAUGCUGCCAUUGUAGCUUUUCUGGGAGGAGCACCUGCCAUUCAGUGGAGAAAUCAAAAGGAAGAAGACAGGAAAUCCGCAGUGUUAAAAUCCCUGUCAGAUUUCCUAGGACCUGAGGCUCUAAAUUAUCUAGACUACGCAGAAAAGGACUGGGGUGUUGAGCCCUACAAUGAGGGUAGCCCAGUGUGUGUUGUAGGACCUGGGGCCAUGGCUUACUUUGCCAAGGGUCUGAGACUGCCAUUUAAUAGGAUUCAUUUUGCUGGGACAGAAUCAGCGACAUCUUGGUGUGGAUACAUGAGUGGUGCUGUCCAAUCAGGGCUCAGAGCUACCCAUGAGGUCCUCUUUCACCUUCGACCUCAGGCUGUGUCUGUCCAGGAGCUUGCCAACACAGCUUAUGGACCCUCUAGUUUCUUGCCACAACAAACAAAACCAAGGAGAAGCAAAGGAAGGACAAUUUUCAAGGUCACUCUUGGAUUUGGAGCUGUGGUUGCCAUGGUGAUUCUAGGAAAAAAACUGUUUUUAAUGAAAAACCAAAACUGUAGGAGGACCAUAAAGCAGAACAAACUAAUAACGUUGAAGUUCUCAAAUGUUGAAAACCUAUCUCCUCAAAUAAUCCGCCAAGUCUCCAAAGAAAUAGCAGAUUUAUGUAGUGAUCCGCCAGAAGGCAUCAAGAUAUUUCCAAAUGAAGAAGAUAUAACAGAUAUACAGGCACAAAUAGAGGGACCCUCUGGAACUCCAUAUGCAGGAGGUUUAUUCAGAAUGAAACUUGUGCUGGGAAAGAACUUUCCCUCAGAACCCCCAAAAGGAUUCUUUGUAACAAAAAUUUUUCAUCCAAAUGUUGCAAGUAACGGUGAAAUUUGUGUGAACACUUUGAAAAAAGACUGGAAGGCAGAACUUGGAAUUAAACAUAUAUUAUUGACUAUAAAAUGUUUAUUAAUAGUACCAAAUCCCGAGUCAGCGUUAAAUGAGGAAGCAGGGAAACUUCUUCUGGAACAAUAUGAAGACUACUCAAUGAGAGCAAAGUUAUACACAGAAAUACACGCCAAACCUCCAAAAACAUCAAAGGAUACAGCAGGAAUAUUAGCAGAAUCAAGUAAAAAUAGCCAAGAAGGACCAUUAGCCAAGAAACACGCAGGCGACAAAAACGUGUUAGAUAAGAAGAAAAAGGAAAAGAAGAAGGUUCUAAAGCGGUUAUGACAGAAAAACAUUAGGAAGAGCGUACAUCUGAGAGACUUCUUUAUCACAUCCAUUUCCAUUACACACUCAUUGCAAGGUUGUUUGAAACAGCAAGCCACAAUAUCAUGUAUUAACAUGUUUCUUGGAUCCCAGAGAUAGUUAACUGAGGGGUAGCUAAAUGCCGGUGAAUACAAGUAUAGCUGCAAUGUACAUAUAUUUAUGGUAUUUGAGGUGUACUUCAGCUAUCCCCCAGUUUUGUGAAGGGUAAACCUUUUCCUUGUAUGUAGAAUGGUGUUUUCUUUUUCUUUUAGAGUUUUGUUUAUGAGAGUUAUUUCCAGCCUGUGUUUUUUUUUGUCAAAUGAAAAAAAAUGCUAGAAAUGAACCCCCCGCCCUUUCUAGAUGAAAAAAAAGUAUUUUCUAUUUACAACACAGAGUUAAAAAUGAAACUAAAAAACCUAAGGUUAAAGUAAGGAAGAUUCUCUGUCAAGUUGAUACAUUAUUCAAUAAGGUUUGGAUCUAUUAACCUGUGAAUUACAAAAAAAAAAAAAAAAAAAAAAUGAACAGGUCACCAACACAUUGUUAGAAUGCACUUGUAAGUAAAACUUACCUGGUAAUAAUGCAUUCUCAAGAUGUGCUGGUGAUCUGUUUAUUUCUUAAAUGUGUAAAACCACUCUUUCAAGUCUUUUGUGAAAAAGAACGCAUGAAAGUUUCUCUGAAAGCGAGCAAUGUCUGCAGAUGAAAUGGUGCUCAAAGUACUGAUACUACCCCUAAUUAUAUUAAAUCAAACAAUUAUUAUUUAUAAGGGUCGACUCUGACACAGUGUAGAAACAUUUCCUUAUUUCAAUGUGUACAAAAAGGUUAUUUAUUUUAUAAAUGUUAUUAAUUUUUAUGUUUUAUCUUUAUUUUACCCUUGCAUGUGCUUUGUGAACAUUUUGUGAUAUUCUUUGUCCCAGAAUCAUAUAAAUACAUGAGUAAUAUAUAUGUGUCAAAUAAAUGUCAAGAAACUUUUAAA